AUGCCCCCGACCGACGCCGCCGACAUGGAGGCCAUCGUCGCCAACAUGACACUCGUUGACUGGCUGGACGACCUCACUGUGCGAUUCCUGCUGAACUUACCACCUACCGAGCUAAGCAGCGUGCCCCGUCUCUGCUUUCAGGUCGAAGAAGCUCAAUGGUUCUACGAAGAUUUCAUUCGACCCGCGAAUCCCGCACUGCCCUCACUUAAUCUGCGUCAGUUCUGUCUGACUCUAUUUCAACACUGCCCAUUGCUCAAAGGGUUCAAYGCUGCUCAGCAUGUGGCUGCAUAUGAAGAGUUUCUGGCCUACAAAGUCCGUGUGCCGGUACGCGGCGCUAUUUUGAUGGAUGAUAGCAUGGAGAAAGUGCUCUUGGUGCGAGGAUGGAAGAAAGGCGCCAGCUGGAGUUUUCCUCGUGGAAAAAUCAACAAGGACGAGCCGGAUCUCGACUGUGCCAUUCGAGAGGUCUACGAAGAGACUGGGUACGAUAUCUCUGCUGCCAAUUUGGUGGAUGUGAACCGCCAGCAGGACGGACAGGUGAAGGCAAUAGACGUCACUAUGCGUGAGCAGCAUAUGAAGUUGUUCGUCUUUCGUGGCGUGCCGCUGGAUACCUACUUUGAACCACGAACCCGCAAGGAGAUUAGCAAGAUCCAGUGGUACAACAUCAAAGAUCUGCCAGGCUUCAAGAAGCAAAAGGGACUUGCGGGUCAAGGCAGUGGCGAGGCGCAGACCGCAAAGUUUUACAUGGUUGCCCCCUUUCUCGGGCAUCUCAAAAAGUACAUUAACGUGCAGAAGCGAAAUGCUGCUCCGAAUGCACAGCCACACGUACGUCAUGGAAGGAAUCUAUCUGGUGUCAACGAUGGAUAUCAAACAGGCGUGACCGAUACGGAAGAUGGUGAGCAUUCGGGACAGCAGCGCCCACAUACCGAAUCACAAACAAAUUACCAGUCCGCGGACGAAUUGAAGCGGCUACUAUCGAUAGGACAGCCUUCCGCCCCUCAACAUCCAAAGCCAGUCUUUGACGGACCGCGGAACGAUCUCCUUGCUAUGCUGCAAGGAGGCAAUGCGACGGUCCCAGUGUCGAUGAACUUCGAUCCUCGAACGCCAUUCGACCAGAUUGACUCGCCAUUUCCGCAGCAGACACCGCAAACACCACAACCGCAGCAUCCUCAGCACUCGCAAGAUCGUGUUGUCGAUAUGCGACAACACUCACAGCUUGGUUAUUCUCCACAGCAUUUGCAACAAUUCCAUGAACCGCAGCGGAAUUCCUCUCUCCCAGUGCAAAGCAGCUAUGGAAAUGGCCAGCCAUCYCACCAGCACCAGAACCACAUUCCUCCACAUAUGCAGCAUCACAUGCCCCACCAGGAACAGCAUCGGCAGCACAGUUUGCCGAAUCAUCUGCAUGCGCCGCACCAGCAACAUUAUCCGCCGCAACGCGCAGGUCAGCAGCCGACUUCGCAGCAGCAAAUGUCACUUCUUCAAGCCUUCCACAGCCCCGGUCGCUCUAGGCCUCCAAUACCGUCUAACAGAUCUGUCUCGCAAGGAGUUCCACCCAUUGGUAGCGAGCCGUCUGUUCCCGAGGCGUCCAAACUUCCAGCACCCAGACUCAACGCUCAUUCUMUGAGUCUUUUGGACGCUUUCAAGGGGAGCAAUGGUAGUAAAGGGGCAUCCCGGGAUCUAGGAAAGCCGUCUGCUCGACCCGUGGAGACAAGUAUUGCACAAAACAUUCAGCGCAAUGGCAGCCAGCAGCAAUCGGAUUUGUUGAAUUUAUUCAACAAGCCAUCCGGCCCCCAGCCAUCAGCCAAACAAGCUCACCAUGCUGAGAUUGCUGCCACCCCCAGGAUUGCGUCUCCGGCGCUGAGUGACGCCACAAUCACAGGACCACGAUCAUCUGCGAACGAGAUAACAAGGACAAUACCUGCGAAAGCGAAGGGCAAAGCCGCUAUUUCAAAGCCUCCGCAGCACCUAAAUGAGGCAUUCCGCGAGGACAAUAACAAUCGUAACGCGGCGACUGGGUCGGUGCACAUGGCUUCGAUCCCUCGAAAUCACAAAGCAUCUCCAAAGGCCAAAGGGAGACCCGAACAACAACCGCCACAGUUUAGUAUACUGCAGCGCCCAGGUUCGUCGGCAGGGAAGACAUUGCCUCCACCACCGAGCCCAUUGAGAUUCGAGGCUUCAAACAAAAGUCAAUCAUCGUUCCAACCACAGGUCUUGAAGAGGCCGACUUCCGCAGCAGCGUCAGAAGUGGCCGAGAAAUCGAAUAUGCCUUCCCCCGAGAUUCCAUCCCAGGCUUCAAGUCAAAAUCAGCGAAACAGCUCGUUGCUCGACCUCUUGAACAGCCGCGCUACACAGCCGGUAAUCAAGACGCCGGAACCGCCACCAGCUCCACAACUUCUUCCGGAGCGCAAAGCUUCUCAGCAUGGUGCUCUCCCUGUGGGUAAUCAUCAGAAACAGCAGCAGCUACUCAAUCUUUUCACCAAGCCUGCAUCUUAUCAACACGUUGCGAGUCCAGGAACUCCAAUCUCGCCCUUCACUCUGGGAACUCCCGCUACCAGCAAAGCACGCGAGCCUUCCUUCUCGGAACAAAAUAUCGAAGCAUCGAGGUCCCGGAUAGGUAGCAUUGCAUCGCUGAGGAGCGGCAUGUCCAGCGGCCAGCAGACGCCUACAGAGGCCAAAGACUUCAUGUUGGGCUACCUGAAUGGUGUCGUGCAAAAGGAAGGGUAUCGUAGUGGCAAGAAGUAG